AUGGUACUCGAAUUACUGAUCUCAAUUUUCGCAGGUAUGGAUGCAUAUGUAUUAGAAUCAACCGCACUUACAGAGAAAGAUUUUGCAAAUGCUGAUUUACUUACGAAAGUUACCAGUGAAAGCUUAAAUAGCUGUUUAAUAGUUAUAGAUGAUUUAUAUAAUCCAAAUGCUAUUCCGCUGGAAGAAAUCAACAAGCAUCGAUCAGAUAUAAGAGGUCCUGUUGCUUCUAAAAAACGGUUUAGACGUAAUGGAAUCAAUAGACCGACAAAGUUAUGGCCUGGGGGGAAAAUUCCGUAUUCCAUUUCACCUCAUUAUACUAAUAUUGAGCGAGCUUUAUUAGCAAAGGCAGUGAAGCAGGUUUACCACGAUAAAACAUGCUUGAGAUUCGUUCCCCGAUCGCCUUAUGAAGGCGAUUACUUGUUCAUUGGUAAAGUUGAUGGAUGUUUUUCGGAAGUUGGAAGGACAAGUGGCGUUCAGGUACUAUCACUAGACAAUGGUUGCAUGGAAUACACAACGAUCAUCCAUGAAAUGAUGCAUGUUGUCGGAUUUUAUCAUGAACAUGAACGAUGGGAUCGUGACAAUUACAUAGACAUCAUUUGGCAGAACAUCGAUCGUGCGGCAAUCGAUCAGUUCGGCAAAGUUGAUCUCUCAAAGACAUCUUAUUAUGGUCAGCCAUACGACUAUCGUUCAAUUUUGCAUUACGACCGGUUGGCAUUCAGCAAGAAUGGCUUUCCAACAAUGCUGCCAAAGCAGAAAGGAUUUGAAUUAACAAUUGGUAAUGCGAAAGAUUUUAGUGAGAUUGAUCUAGCAAAGAUAAAUCGAAUGUACGGGUGCCCCGAUUCAUACAUCACUUCUUCACAGCCGAGAUUUGAGAGUUCAGUAAUAUACUCACCAAUUAUGAAGCGAUACGAAAUGCCACAUCUGGACGAUCAGUAUUUCGAUGAAUUCUCUACAAAAACGAAACAGAAAAAAUGCGAAGACCGAAUCACUGUCUGCUGGAUGACCCAGGAUCGCUGUCAUUCUAAGGCUUUAUUCGUACUCAUGAAAACGCUUUGUGCUAAAACUUGUAAAUUAUGUUAA